AUGGCCCCCGCUGCUGAGCCUGUCGCGCAGCUGUCUCACCUGCCCAAGGCAGACGGCUCGGCGACAUUCUCAUACUGCGGCUUCACCGUCACUGCCGCUGUCAACGGACCAGUCGAAGCCCCCCGGCGAGAUGAAAACGCCUUCGAGGCCCUCGUCGACGUCGUCGUGCGACCGGCUGCGGGUGUUGGAGGGACUGCGGAGCGACAGCUUGAGUCGCUGCUCCAACCUGCUCUUCGCCAGCUCAUCCCCGUCCGCAACUUCCCCCGUUGCAUGAUCCAGAUCACUCUCCAGGUCAUGGAGAUGCCGGAGAACGCGUAUGUGAACGCAAAGAUUCUCCAAGCACAGCUGAACCUGGCCAUCAUCCCAGCCCUGAUACACGCCGCCAUCCUGGGUCUCCUUACCGCCGCAGUCCCACUCAAGACAAUCGCGACGGCCGUGACCUUGGCGAUUGGGCCAGACGAGGCGUCUGGCCUCGUUGUCGAUCCAACCAUGGUACAGGUUGACAAUGCAAAGUCAGUCCAUGUUCUGGGUUUCACCGCCGACGACGAGCUGCUCUUGGCUGAAAGCUACGGCUCGUUCUCCACCGAGGAAUGGGACCAGGUCCUGGAAACCGGACAGCGCAUAUGCUGCCAGGGGCGCAGCUCGGAACUGGACACGGACAUGACAGAUGGCCCAGCCGGGUCGGCAAGCAUUCGACGAUUCAUCCGAUCCGUCAUGGAGACCAAGACUGCUGCAGAUCUCCACUGGAAAUGA